GCCCAGACGCGGCUGGGGCGGACGGGACCUCUCGCGCUCUGCCUCCUCCUCUUGCUUCAUGGAACCAUGCGCCUGGGUGGGGGCUCCCGAGAGAAGCUGGCCUGCGGGCGGGCCGGACGCGCUGCGCGGCCGGGGCGGGGCGAAGGAGGCCGGCAGGCGGAGGAGGAAGUGGCGGGGCGGAGGCGGAGGCGGAGGCGGAGGCGGCGGCGGCGGCCGGGAAGAACUAGAGGUAUUCCCCGGGUGGCUGGAGGACUGAGUCGAGCCGGGACCCGAGUCCUCCGGUAUCCCAGCAGCCACCGGAGGCAGUGAGGUAAUGGAGGAAGAAUGUAGGGAGUCCUCCAGUGGACCACACUCCUUCUAGCGAGCCGCGGAAACCAUAGAGAUCAGGGCUCAGCCGGAGGGCCGGCCCACUGCUGUCACGUGGUCUCCAUCCGUGCGCUUUAUUGGCUGGUGCUGGCUUUACGGGGUUGAAUUUUGGACGCUGCCUGCCAUUCGUGGGACCGAGUUUCAGGCAGCUGGAAUAAAGAGAGACAUUGGGGGAAAGCCGCGAGAAGGCCAGCGUCCCUGGCUGGGAGCAGAGCUAGCCGAGUAGGGCGCCCGGCUGUCAAACUGGCCGGUGCAGUGCACGCUGGGCCGCCCCGGAGCGGUCGCAGAGCCCGUCGGGAGUCGUAGUCCGGGACGGGCCCGCGGCAUUGUCCGCGACGCAGCUCGGGAUCCGGGUCGGGUUGUCGGCCGGGUUGCUGCCGGGCACCAUCGAGCGUUAGCCACCCAGCAUUGAGCUGCCAGCGGCUGUUCUCCCUAAGCACCCUCGGUCACGUCGCCUCGCCUCGCCUCGCCUCGCCUGACCGGCCGCAGCCUUGGAUACCAGCCUUAAAUCGAGCCGACUACGGCCCAGCCCCGCCCGCGGCGAGGUGCGCGGGGUUCGGUGCCAGCCGCUCGCCCCUGGCCGGGCCAGCCUCUUGAUGCACCGGGGACGGGCGCGCCCAUCCGACUCUUCGAGGGGCGGCAGGGCCCCAUCUGUGUCUUUCGCUCUGGAGCCCCCAGCUAGAGUUGGCUUCAGCGGAAUACCUACUGUGCAGGAUUAUUCAACAAGCCGAUUGAUCACAUUCUUCAGCUCUAGCAGUGCAAAGGCUUCACUGAAAAAGAACAUUACAAAUUUUUUUUGAAAGAAAUUUGGGGGAAUCCACUGAAGACCUACAUUUCCCGGAAGGUUAACAGCCCCCUUCUCAGUUUUCCUGCUGCUCCUGUCAGUGACAAAUCAGCAUGUUAGAACAUGCAUGCUGGCUGAUCAUUCUGAUCAAGUCAACAAGCUUCACAACUUACUCAAUGAGGUCGUCCAUGAGAACUUCACUGUUUUACGAGGACAGGAGCUACUUCUUUGCUGAACUGCAUCACGGUUUCAACUGCUGAGGUUUUCUUCAAGCUUUUGCAUUGUUUGGAAUGUGAAAGGCACGGCCGAGACACACUUUGAGGUUCCCACUGCAUUGUUACACCUCCCCCCUCACUUCAGGGCCAGGUAACACCAAGAAGGACGCCAUGAGAGCAAAGGCCGUUGGGUAACCGCCCUUUGCUGUCACGCUGCGCGUCUCCCUGCCAUGAACCGCCGCAACCGGCGCUGGGAGCGGUUGAGGGUGGCCGGCCUCGCGCUGGAAGCGGUUGAGGGCGGCCGGCCUCACGCUGGAACCUCGCCCGCCUCAAGGCUCGUGCAGCGGCGCACGGGGCAGGCCAGGAGCCCGCCCUAGGAGGGCCCCGCUGGAGAUGUGGAAAUGGAGGGACGUGGCACCUGGGCGCUUCCUGGGGCCAGACAAUGCCCCCUCAUUGGAACCUCCAUGACCGUGCCUCUGAGAAACCAGCGCGUCCGCAACGAUCACUCCUAAUUUUCGGAUUCCUAUCGUCUGUCUCCACGUGAUAACACUGAAGAGCCUUCACGUUGAUGCAGGCCCAGGGCCUCAAGUGCAGAGACUGAGAGCUCUGCAGGACACAGCAUGGAGCCGCCAUUCCUCUACUGGGUGGAAGAGCAUGUGUCCUCUGAACAGGGGAUCCAAGCCCUGAGAUGUUCUUUCUCAGCUGUCAAUGCGGCCCAGGACUUUCUGUGGGGAUGCUCAGACAGCAGGGGCCAGAGGACUUUUAGCCACCACCUCCCAUGGCCAGUCUUCACAAAUUACCUUUGGCUAAUUUGACUGUCUCUCCUCCUGGGGUCUAGGACUUCAAACAUGUACAGAAGCGAUUGCAGAAUUAAGACAAGGCACUUCCACAAUAUAUUUUUUGUAUCACUGGCUCAGAAAAAGACUCAUUCAAAUCCUGUAUCAAAGCCAUGUGUGAGAAUCUUGAGAAAGCAUCAGCUGACUGACUUGACAAGGGAGGAAGCAACCAAAAAUUCUGCGCUUCUUCAGUAUCUGAGUAUGAUAUUUUGCUUCAACAUCCCUCUUAGAUGAAGUUAUUGAUUGAAAAUCAUUUAAGUUUGCCCCAUGGUAAAAGAUCAAGUCCUCAGAAAGAUCUCCAAGGCAUUUAUGGUUUGUUUUGUUUUGGUAAGUUUACCAUGAUUUUGCUUGAACUGCUCUCUGUUGAUCUUCUCAGCUAAGAUGGAGGUAGAGUUGCACAGUGGAAGAGGGCUGCAUGUAAGAAGGCAGUUCUGUCUCAGAGGACAAAAGGCCUGGGAGCACCCAGACAGGCAGUCACUGCAUGGAGGUCACUCCCCUCCCAGUGGCCACUGUGGAGACAUUUCACUGAAAUGCUUGCUGGACCAUUCAGGUUCAGAGUUGGGACAAAACCGAGAGCUCAUGGGGAUAUUGGACAGGAGUUAGGAAAUGACCUUCUCACACAACUGGGGCAGUGAGGGAGAACCCUGGGCUUGAGACUUGCAAUCCACCACUUGCCCCUGCCCCUGCCCCUGCAGUGUGGCCGCUGUUACAUUUUCCUGCAACUCUGCCUUCUUGAGUCCAAAUGUCUUCGAAAGGGGCAAAUGCUUCGUAAGUGCCGACUGGGUGUGUUUCAGUGAAUGUUUGCAGUGUGCACUGGUCUGGCUGAAGGCCUCUUCCCUUCCCCAACACCCUCCCAUCGUGCAAAAUUACCCUGCCCAGCAGGGAGUGACUUGUGUGUCAGAUUUUGUUGCUGUGCUCUGAGUUCUCACUCCUCAUCUCCUUUGACCAGUUUCUUCUAAUACUCCCCUUGUUCACAACACAGAACAUGAGUGCUCUUUCCUGUCAUUUUGACACUAAUAAACGGACAGUGAUUCUCAGUGUGGAAAUGAGAAUGAAGUUUUUUUUAAAGACAGGCUACAAUAAUUCCCAUGCAGAGAACCACACGCGAUGACACUGGAUUCCAAACAGCAAGAACGUAUGGUGAAGAUGAGGCCAACAGUGAGCUGAGAGAGGCCAGCCAGGGUGUGUUUCAGUGAAGAUGAGAAACAAUCAGAUAACACCUGUUUUCUCCAGGAAAGAAAAUGUGGCCAGGGAAAAGAGAUAGGAGGAAGGCUGGUCAUUGCCUAUUCCACUGUGCACAGUUUGAAUUUGGAGCCAUGAAAAGUAUUGCUUGGUUAAAUUAAAAUCAUUCAAAAGAUAAAACAUAAACAUUUAACACCAGCACAAUAUGCUGGGAAACAAAAUGAAAGGAUUUCUGGUCUCGGUGCUGUAGGUCACAUAGCCACUCUUUCCUGGAUUGAGGCUUUCCAGCAAAGGGGCUGGGACGUGAGGCUGGCCUGCUGGUGUGGACAGAGAUUCCAGCAACAUGCAUGACCUGGGGGUACAAGGAUUGCUUCCUAAACAAUGAUAAGCACACAGCCACCUAAUAGUCUGGAUCGGCUGAGACCAUCCUGAUUUCAAACACCCAGUCCCCUUGCCUUCCUAAGAACCCCUGUGUUUCUCAGACUGAAAAUGUGUUUUGAAUUUUGUUCACGAAGUGAGGCCGCUCUUGAAAUUCGUCAAGACUGGGAAAGAGCCAAAGUGGGAAGGAGCAUGGGUUGAUUGGCACAAAAGUAGGUCUGCUGAUAAAGAAUGGAAGUAAAGGGGCCAUCAGGUAGAAGCUUUUGCUGUGAGUCAGAAGGACAAUUUAAAAGUUGCCUAAAGAGGCACACGCCAUCUCUGCUGCUGCCUUCCAGUUGGAAGGGAAACUCAGGUUCUUGCCUAAUGGCCGAAGCCCUUCACAGAAUGUCCCCCACCCCUACCAGCUGCCCACUGCCCCUCCCCCUCUGCAGAAUGUCUGGGGUCCUAUGUUCCAGAAACCUGUUGACUUUCAAAUUUUACUGCGUCAGUUGGACUCAGGAGCAUCUGCUGAGCCAGGUCACUCUCUGGGUCUUACCCUUGGCUUUUCUCAUUGUGGAAACUGCCAGACAGCGGUGGUCAGUGCCCAGCCUGAGGGGAUGGCUUCAAAUGGAGCAUACCCAGUGCUGGGACCGGGCGUGACCGUGAACCCUGGCACCUCCCUGUCUGUGUUCACGGCUCUGCCCUUCACCACACCCGCUCCCGGCCCAGCACAUGGGCCGCUCCUUGUGACUGCAGGGGUUCCUCCAGGCGGCCCUCUGGUGCUGUCUACCUUCCCCAGCACACCUCUGGUGGCAGAACAGGAUGGCUGCGGCCCGAGUGGGGCCGGGGCUUCCAACGUCUUUGUCCAGAUGAGGACAGAGGUGGGGCCUGUGAAGGCCGCUCAGGCGCAGACCUUGGUCCUAACUCAGGCCCCCCUCGUCUGGCAGGCUCCAGGCGCCCUCUGUGGAGGUGUUGUGUGUCCACCUCCCCUACUCCUGGCAGCUGCUCCUGUGGUGCCUGUUAUGGCUACCCAGGUGGUUGGGGGCACCCAGGCCUGUGAGGGAGGCUGGUCCCAGGGCCUUCCUCUUCCACCACCACCACCACCAGCUGCCCAGUUGCCCCCCAUUGUGUCCCAAGGGAAUGCUGGGCCAUGGCCACAAGGGGCUCAUGGAGAGGGCAGCCUGGCUUCCUCCCAGGCCAAGGCCCCGCCAGAUGACUCCUGUAACCCCAGGAGUGUCUAUGAGAACUUCCGACUCUGGCAGCACUACAAGCCCCUGGCCCGGAGGCACCUUCCCCAGAGUCCUGACACCGAAGCGCUUUCGUGCUUCCUCAUCCCAGUUCUCCGAUCUCUGGCCCGGCGGAAGCCCACCAUGACCCUGGAGGAGGGACUGUGGCGGGCCAUGCGGGAAUGGCAGCACACGAGCAACUUUGACCGGAUGAUCUUCUACGAGAUGGCAGAAAAGUUCCUGGAGUUUGAGGCUGAGGAGGAGAUGCAGAUUCAGAAAUCGCAAUGGAUGAAGGGGCCCCAGUGCCUGCCUCCUCCAGCCACACCGAGGCUUGAACCUCGAGGACCUCCGGCCCCUGAGGUGGUCAAGCAGCCAGUGUACCUUCCCAGCAAGGCCGGCCCCAAGGCCCCGACUGCCUGCCUGCCACCACCCAGGCCCCAGAGGCCAGUGACCAAGGCCCGCCAGCCACCACCCCGGCCCCACCAGCGAGCAGAGACCAAGGCCCACCUGCCACCACCCAGGCCCCAGAGACCAGCAGAGACCAAGGUCCCUGAGGAGAUCCCCCCAGAAGUGGUGCAGGAGUAUGUGGACAUCAUGGAGGAGCUGCUGGGGCCUUCCCUCGGGGCCACGGGGGAGCCCGAGAAACAACGGGAAGAGGGCGAAGUGAAGCAGCCAAAGGAAGAGGACUGGACGCCCCCAGACCCGGGCCUCCUGAGCUACAUUGACAAGCUGUGUUCCCAGAAAGACUUCGUCACCAAGGUGGAGGCCGUCAUUCAUCCCCAAUUCCUGGAAGAAUUGCUUUCCCCAGAUCCACAGAUGGAUUUCUUGGCCCUAAGCCCGGAGCUGGAGCAGGAGGAAGGACUCACCCUUGCCCAGCUAGUGGAGAAGCGCCUCCUACCCUUGAAGGAGAAACAGCAUGCGAGGGCAGCCCCUAGUCAUGGCACAGCCCGGUUGGACUCAAGUUCUUCUAAGUUUGCAGCUGGCCAAGGAACAGAGAGAGACGUCCCUGACCCCCAACAAGGGGUUGGCAUGGAAACCUGCCCACCCCAGACGACUGCCCGGGACUCUCAGGGACGAGGCAGAGCACACACUGGCAUGGCCAGGUCCAAAGACUCUGUUGUGCUUUUGGGAUGUCAGGAUUCCCCUGGGCUGAGGGCUGCCCGGCCAACCUCUCCUCCCCAGGACCACAGACCCACCUGCCCUGGCGUGGGUACCAAGGAUGCCUUGGAUCUCCCUGGAGGGUCUCCUGUCAGGGAGUCACAUGGGCUGGCUCAGGGAUCAAGUGAGGAGGAGGAACUCCCCAGCCUGGCCUUCCUCUUGGGUUCCCAGCACAAGCUUCUGCCCUGGUGGCUACCCCAGAGCCCUGUCCCUGCCUCGGGCCUUCUCAGCCCAGAAAAGUGGGGACCCCAGGGAACUCAUCAGUCCCCAUCUGCUGAGAGAAGAGGCCUCAACCUAGCACCUUCUGCCAACAAGGCCAAGAAGCGACCUCUGUUUGGAAGCCUGUCCCCUGCUGAAAAGACACCCCACCCAGGGCCUGGGCUCAGGGUCUCUGGGGAGCAAUCCCUGACUUGGGGGCUGGGUGGCCCCUCACAGUCUCAAAAGAGAAAGGGUGACCCCUUGGUCUCCAGGAAGGAGAAGAAGCAGCAUUGUAGCCAGUAGGGGCUUCUGAGCAGGCUCUCUGGGGCCAAUCCCCAAGGAUGGGGCUCUGGCAUCCGAUGCCCCAAAGCGGUCAAAAGCUUCUUCUCCCCCAGUGCUGAUCUUGCUGGGCCUUAGCUUUGGAGGGUAGGGGAGGGAGGGGAGGGAGAGGGUGGCUGAAUGGGGAGGGCAGGAAGGGAGGGUCUGGGGGGAAGGGGCUGGGGAAUGGGGGUGGGAAGCAGUGCGUUGAGGGCCUCGUGUGUAAGUGUGAAUAAAUGUCGUUGUCUUGGAAAA